AUGGAUCAGAUCCAGGCAAGAGAAAUUGAAUUGGACUGCUUGGAAUGCGAUUGCGAAGUCCAGAAACUUGGGCCUAGAAUUGCAACUUAUGCUAAAAAAGUGUUGGUUGAGGCUCAGCUAAAAACAAUACAGAAACUGGACCUAAUUUUGAAUCGUGCCAUUCGACUGAAGGACCCUAACGUUAUUCAGGCGGUAUGUGCUACCCUGUGGAAUACCUGCUUACCAUUACUGCAGCACAACUUGCAACAGCAUGUCCGAAGACCAUUGCUAGCUAUUGCUGAAAUCCUAGAGAAAAUUGACAGCAUGUUGAUUUUGUUACGUUGCCAAGUUCAUAUGGAAAUUGCCCGCAUUGAAGAAAAUGGAGACAGAAUAGAGGCUGCCAUGGAACAUUUGCAGAAGGCAAUUUAUCUUGAUAACAAGGGGCUGUAUCAUGAAUACCUUAAAAUGGCAUUCAAUCGGCUUAGCUUAAAUACAAUGUUAUACCAGCCCCUGGAGCGUCUAGAAGACCAAGCAAGCUUGAUGAUUGAACAGGCUAAAAAAGGGACUCAAAAGGCUAGCGUGAGGAAAAAACGGUCUCUGUUGGUGAAUGCUGGCCAUGCACUCGCUCCCGAGGCAUUUCAGAUUGUCCUUGAUAGUGAAAAUGAAGUUAAAGUUGCUUCAAGUAAAAGUAAGGGUCCAAUUGGCUAUCUCUGUGCAAAAGCAGAGCAUCACUCCAGAAAUGUGGAGAAAGCAGAUGGGCAUUUGAAGAGAAUAGGACGCGAAAAUGAUAAAGAGAGAAUCAGACUUUGGUCAGAAAUCGCAAAAACAGCACGGAAACAAUGUGUGUGGGAUGUGUGUCGGGCUGCGUGUAGAUUCUGCCUCUUGUAUGAUGACAAUCAAGCGAAGGUGUCAAAACGCAAGAAGUUAUUCAAGAAAAAAGCAAGUAUUAUUACGGCAGAUGAGGAACAGGAAGCAAGUGUGCAAAGAGAAUUACCUUCACCCACCAAAUGCUUCUCUUUAGAAAGAGAUUUAUUAAGAACUUUAGCAGAAGUAAGAUUCAUUAAUGCAGAGGCUACUAUUCAGUUAUUAAGAACGGAAGGUGUCCAGCUGAAUGAUCCCGCCGUUGUCCCUGUAGAUACGAGUUUGCACUCUGCAGGACAUGCUAUGCACAAAGCACAAACUGGGCAUGAGUCAGAAUGGAAGACAUACAGCUCCUGGAUUGACCGCUUGUCACAGUAUGCUAUGGGAAAACUUUCUACGGGCUGCCAAAAUUGGAGAAGAGUUAAAUGA